UGCAGAAUCGUUCAUCGACCAAACAUUUUUAUUUCUUUUAUUUUUUCAGUCCAAUUUAUUAAAAAAAAAAACAAAAAAGAAAUUCGAAAAAACACAUCGCCAUGCCACGGAAGGCCCCGCGGUUCCUAUUUCCGGUACGGCCCGGACUACUCACAAAGUCAGGCUUCGCCACAUCAGCAGAGCCAUCGUCCUCCUGCCGGCGGCGGUCUUUCUGACCUUACCGCGCCACCCGUGACCUUCGAGUCCGACCCGAAAGCUAAAAGUGCAAAACCAGCUCUAUUUGGAAUCCUGACUUACCUUCUUUCUCAUUGCUGGAACCAUCGCUCUUUGCCGUUUAAAUAUUACUACACAUGGCAAAGGAUUUUGAUUCCAGAUUCAGUAUGAUUUUUUGUUCCAGUCAACAGAAGAGGGAUGCUUAUUUUCUAGCGAUUGAUAUUUCAGAUGCAUAUGCUAAGGGAUAUUAGCAGUUGCCUUGGAUCAUAAGUUAAAGGAUGGAUUAUGGUAAAUGUUCAUCAAGUACCGGGGCUCUAUCUUUAAAUACGGCACCAAGUUUUCGGAAUCAGAUGCAUACAAAAACACAAUUUGAAGAACAUGACAGAGUUUCUGAGCUUGCCAAUACAGAGGACAUUGACAUUGAUUGUAGAGAAAUAUAUUUUCUAAUCAUGCAUUUCUUAUCAUCUGGGCCGUGCCAGAAUGCUUUGGGGAUAUUGCACGAUGAAUUUGUGAAACACGAGCUUCUACCCAGGAGAUACCAUGCUUGGUAUUCACGAAGCAAAGAAUGUGGCGAGACUGAUGGGUCAUCUUUCCCUUUAAAUUAUGAUAGCCUUGCCCAACGGUAUUCACACAUUCAAAAGGACCAUUUGGUAAAACUGCUUAAGCAACUAAUAAUAACUUCACCUCCUCCUUUACAUCUUACUGGGAGAAAUACUCCUAGUGCUGCUGAUGUUCCAACUCUACUUGGAACAGGACCGUUUGCCCUUUUAUCUGGUGAUAAACUUACAGUGAACAAGCAAGGAAAACAUCCUCCUUCAUACCUACGCUGGCCACACCUGCAUGCUGAUCAAGUGCAUGGUCUAGGCUUGAGGGAAAUAGGAGGUGGUUUUGCAAAACAUCACCGUGCUCCAUCUAUUCGUUUUGCAAGUUAUGCCAUUGCCAAACCAUCCACGAUGGUGCAAAAGAUGCAAAACAUCAAGAGAUUAAGAGGACACAGGGAUGCUGUAUAUUGCGCUAUAUUUGAUCGCUCGGGUAGAUAUGUGAUAACUGGGUCAGAUGAUCGCCUGGUCAAGAUUUGGUCUAUGGAAACUGCAUUUUGCCUGGCUAGUUGCCGUGGACAUGAAGGUGACAUCACUGAUUUAGCUGUCAGUUCAAACAAUGCUCUAGUGGCGUCCUCAUCAAAUGACUACACAAUACGUGCUUGGCGCUUACCAGAUGGGAUGCCCAUUUCAGUUUUGCGUGGACACACAGGAGCAGUUACUGCCAUAGCAUUCAGCCCACGGCCGAGCUCUGUUUAUCAGCUUUUGUCGUCAUCUGAUGAUGGAACAUGUCGGGUUUGGGACGCAAGGUACUCACAGUGUACUCCCCGUGUAUACCUGCCAAGGCAAACAGAUGUUAUCUCUGGAAUUAAUGGUGUUCCCCGCUCAACCAACAUUUCUUUAUCAACUAAUUCUUUGGAGCUCCAUCAAAUACUGUGUUGUGCGUACAAUGCUAAUGGAACUGUAUUUGUCACUGGGAGCUCUGAUAGGCAUGCAAGGGUUUGGGGUGCUCCUAAGCCCAAUGUGGAUGAGCCAGAUCAACCAAGUCAUGAGAUAGACAUAUUAUCUGGACAUGAGCAGGAUGUAAAUUAUGUGCAGUUCAGUGGCUGUACGGUGGCUACUCCUCGAUGUUCGACUCCUGAUGUUCUUUUGGAGGACAAUAUUCCGAAAUUUAGAAAUUCUUGGUUUAGUCAUGACAACAUAGUUACUUGUUCUCGAGAUGGCAGUGCAAUCAUUUGGAUUCCUAAAUCACGCAAGUCCCCUGUAAAGGCAGGACGUUGGGCGAAGGCUUACCAUCUUAAAGUUCCUCCCCCUCCAAUGCCACCACAACCUCCACGAGGAGGGCCACGACAGAGACUACUUCCAACUCCUCGUGGGGUCAAUAUGAUAGUCUGGAGUCUAGACAAUCGUUUUGUUCUUGCUGCCAUAAUGGAUUGCAGAAUUUGUGUUUGGAAUGCUAGUGAUGGUAGUUUAGUGCACUCCUUGACUGGUCACACUCAAUCUACUUAUGUAUUGGAUGUUCAUCCUUUCAACCCUAGAAUCGCAAUGAGUGCUGGUUAUGAUGGGCAAACAAUUUUGUGGGAUAUAUGGGAGGGUACUCCUAUCAGAACAUACGAGAUCGGACGUUUUAAGCUUGUUGAUGGAAAAUUUUCGCAGGAUGGAACAUCAAUUGUCCUUUCUGAUGACGUUGGGCAAAUAUACCUUCUAAACACAGGCCAAGGCGAGUCCCAGAAGGAUGCAAAAUAUGAUCAGUUCUUUCUUGGGGAUUAUCGCCCCCUUAUCCGGGAUACUCAUCAGAAUGUUAUUGAUCAGGAGACUCAAUUGGCUCCAUACCGACGGAAUUUGCAGGAUCCUCUUUGUGAUUCAAGUAUGAUUCCAUAUCCAGAACCGUAUCAGAGUAUGUACCAACGGCGCCGGCUUGGAGCUCUAGGCUUUGAAUGGCGCCCCACUUCCAUAAAAUUGGCUAUUGGGACUGAUGUUGGUUUAAGCCAAGAAUACCAAAUAUUGCCCUUGGCUGAUUUGGACAUUGUGGCUGAACCUGUGCCAGAAUUUUUGGAUGCUAUGCUCUGGGAACCAGAAAAUGAUGUGUUAAAUGAUGAUACUGAUUCUGAGUACAUUGUCAAUGAGGAUUAUUCCAGUGAAGAGAAGGGGCAUUUAGGUGACAACUCAAGUGAUCCAGACUGUAGUGAAGAUGAGAAGAUUAGACAAUGCCAGAAUCGCAGAUCAAAAAGGAAAAAGUCAAUUGCAGAAAUUGAGCGUGUGACCUCUUCAGGGAAGCGCAUGAAGAAGAGAAUAGUGGACAAGGAAGUGAGGUUAUCAAAAACUAAAAGAAUCGGAAAAUCUAGGAAUGGCCGAAAGACUACUAAGAUAAAUUUUGCAAAACCAAAAUCGUUGAGACCUCAACGGGUCGCCACACGCCAUGCAAAUAAUACUUUCCUUCAUCAUUCUGAUUUGUCUACUGGCGAAGAGGAUGAUGCUAACUCAGAUUACUAUUCAUCAGAGAGCGAUUCACAAAAGUGUUCUUAUGCUCAGAGUGAAGAAUCUGAUGGGAUGUUGGAAAAUGAAGACAUGAAGUCUUUGAAAAGUGAAGAAACUCCCACUUCAGAUGAGCCUCCAUCUAGCCCCCAACCUCAAACAAAUGUUGAAAAGAAGAGGAGAUUGGUUUUGAAAUUCUCCAUUCGUGAUGCCAAAAAGCCUGUGCCUUUGAGACUCUCCAACUCAGAUUCUGACAAUCAGACCUUUUCAGUCCCUUCUUCCUUAAGAGCUGGAGGAGUUUUUUUUGAAGAUAAUCAAAGUAACAAGACGUCCAUGGAUCCAGGAUCAGCUUCCUCAUAUGGAAUCGGUUCCGAUUCAUCCAAAAACAAGAAAAGAGCUGCAUGUACUGAGAUUCAAGUCCUUGAUAUAUUGUCUGGGGAUAUAAAAAUGUCUGAAAGUUACCAGGACCCUGUGACUGGGCGUGGAGAUGUCCAAGCAAGCACUCAGCAUGUGCCAAAUUCUCCUGAUUUGGCACAUGCUGAUUCAUUCAUCGGGCCUGGAGUAGAUAUGGAAAAUCAUAUCAGGCUUGAGAGUCCCUAUGGAAAAGCACCCUCCGAUUUUGUAGUUCACGAUCAGGAGAAUACGUUGGCAAUGGAACAAUUUAAGAAGAGAAUGGGUGAUUCUGGAUGCUCUUAUAAUCAGGCACAUAUUAAAACCGGAGUUAAUAAUAUUAACACCUCUGACAAUUUUUCUCAAGUUAAUGGGAAACCUAAAUUGAAGCCAACCAUCCUCAAAAUCAAAUCAAGGAUGAUUUCUGGGGAGGUGGGACCUCCCGUGGUGCGUGCAUUUACCACACCUGUGGAUGUUUCUUGUGAGGAUGAUUCAAGAUCCAGCAGAGAGAGUAACAGAUUUCUAGCAGUCUCUAAAACUGGUAAUGGCAUCAAAGAACCAAAUUGUUUGCAGCGUGUAAACCUAGAUAUGGAUAAUACAAUUAAUGGAAGCGAGUGUAAUAGAAAGUCAUCUGAUGAAGGUGGAGUCUGUGAAGAUACUUCCAAGGAAAGUUUCCAUUACAGAAACAUGUUGAUGGAUUAUCCUGAUGCUGCAACCGAUGCAACAAGGAGAAAGAGGUCAUUAAGACUGAAGGCAACUUCAAGGGAUAUUAAUCUUGUUAACCUUUCCAAGAGAGCAGUUGAUAUUUCCCCAUCAACAGGAGUUUCAACUUCUAGGAGUAAGGGAGAAGUUUCUUACAAUGAUGAAAAGGUUUACCCCAAAAACUUCACCAAUGUACCAAGAAAAUCAGACUGGUUGUUGUUGUCGAAGAAGGAGGAGGGGUACCGCUACAUACCUCAGCUGGGUGAUCAAGUGGCAUACUUAAGACAGGGCCAUCAAGAAUAUGUGGAGUCCAGCCAAUCAUUGGAGCGUUGCCCUUGGGAAAAGCAUGGGGCGAGAAUUAGAGCUGUGGAAGUCUGUUUGGUUGAAGAACUUAAUUAUGCAACAGUCCCUGGGUCUGGAGAGAGUUGUUGUAAAAUCACACUUAAAUUCAUCGAUGCAUCUUCCAGUGUACUUGACCAGAAAUUUAAACUUACAGUGCCAGAACUAAAUGAUUUCCCAGACUUUAUUGUUGAAAAAUCACGGUAUGAUGCGGCAAUAAAGAGAUGUUGGAUGUGUGGAGAGGAGUGUCAAGUCUGGUGGAGGGAUGAGAGUGAGGAAAAUGGUGGGAGAUGGUGGGAUGGUAUGAUAGUAUCUGUGGAGGACAAGUCAAGCGAGUUCCCAGGGAGCCCAUGGGAAAGGUAUGUUGUUAAGUACAAUAGUGACCAAAGUGAUACACAUCUUCACAGCCCCUGGGAACUGCAAGAUCCAUAUUCCCUUUGGGAGCAUCCUCAUAUUGACUCCGAAAGCAACAACAGGAUGCUAAAUGCUCUCAAUAAAUUGCUGCAGCGUGCAAACACUAAUCAGGAUUAUAACGGGAUUCUGCAGUUAAUAAAUGUAGCAUGUAAAGUGGAAUUUAUAAACAGGUUUCCUGUUCCGUUAUCCCCUGACAUAAUCCACUCAAGAUUGGAAAAUAACUAUUAUAGAAGCUUGGAGGCUUUGAAGCAUGAUGUCAGAGUGAUGCUCGGGAAUGCUAUGGAUUAUUUUGGGAAAAAUACAGCAGUGGCAGUAAAAAUGAGGCGACUGUCAGAUUGGUUUGCCAAACACUUAUCAAAACUGUGAGAUUAUUAAAAUUCAUCUCCAGACUCUCUUUUGGCAGUACAAAGGAAAGCCUAUUCCGACCUCACUAUUCUUAAAUGAAUUCAUACCCGGGUGGCAAGCCAACUAUCAUUACUCACACCAGUUUUCCCCGCCCCUACAUUUUGAUUCUUCUCUUCCACGCUACAUCUGCACAAAGUAUUCUCAGCGUGGACUUUCUUAGGCCAUUUAUGUAUUACCAUAGUAACUAAUACGACUGAACCAUGAGUUUCAACAUCAUAUAUAAAAGUGAAAGAUGCAGAAAUUAGAAGGGGUUUUGUUAGAUUUUUUAUUUGUCCAAGUACUGUAUAGCUCUCUUAGAAGGUUCGCAGCUGUGAGGGGCUUUGCUAAGUAGUAAUCCAUUCCGGCGCCAGUGAUUUUCUCCAUCUCCUCCCUUCUUGUAUGUGCUGUUAGAGCGAUGAUGGGAAUCCAUAUGCCCAUUGCUUCCCCCUUUUCCUUUAUGCGCCUUGUCGCCUCAAAUCCGUUCAUUACUGGCAUCUAAUCAAUACAAAUGUUAAUUAAUUACCAUCACUGAUGAAAUAGAGUAUAUUGGUACUUUUUUCUGUAUGAUUUAAUACUACCACCC